GCGCCAUCACAGGAUAACUGCCUCUAUUCCACAAAGAAGAGACUGGUUUCUGUGAUUAUGGCUGCUGUCAUGCGAAGUGGACUGGUAACAUUGAUCAAGGGUCUAAGUGGCCCACAGUGGCAGCCGCUUUUCUGUCGACCCUUGAGCAUAUCUGCGGUUCGCUCUGGUUCCGAAGCGCCGCCCGCUCGUGCAGAUGCAACCUUUAAGGUCACAAUGGUUCCAGGAGAUGGUGUUGGACCUGAGCUGAUGUCUGCUGUCAAGGAUGUGUUCAAAGCAGGCGAUGUCCCUGUGGAAUUUGAGGAGUUUCAUUUGAGUGAAGUACAGAACAUGGCCAGCGAGGAGAAGCUUGAGCAAGUGUUGAACUCUAUGAAGAGCAACAGAGUAGCAAUUAAAGGAAAGAUCCACACACCCAUGGAGUUCAAAGGGGAGUUGGCUUCUUAUGAGAUGAAACUGAGACGUAAACUGGACCUGUUUGCCAAUGUGGUUCACGUGAAUAGCUUGCCGGGCUACACCACGCGCCACAACAAUUUGGACCUUGUGAUCAUCCGAGAACAGACAGAGGGGGAGUACAGCUCCUUGGAGCAUGAGAGUGUGACUGGUGUGAUUGAAUGUCUGAAAAUCAUCACCAGAGAGAAGUCAAGGCGCAUCGCCAAGUUUGCCUUCGAUUAUGCCACCAAGAAGGGGCGAAACAAGGUCACGGCUGUUCACAAGGCCAAUAUCAUGAAAUUAGGCGAUGGCCUUUUUCUGCAGAGCUGUGCGGAAGUGGCACAGCUCUACCCCAAAAUCAAAUAUGAGAACAUAAUCAUCGAUAACUGUUGCAUGCAGUUGGUUCAGAACCCUUACCAGUUUGAUGUGCUGGUAAUGCCCAACUUGUAUGGAAACAUUAUUGACAACUUGGCAGCAGGACUGGUAGGAGGGGCCGGCGUUGUUCCCGGCGAAAGCUACAGUGCAGAAUAUGCAGUUUUUGAAACGGGUGCCCGCCAUCCCUUUGCACAAGCAGUAGGCAGGAACAUUGCCAACCCCACAGCCAUGCUGCUGAGUUCCGCAAACAUGCUCCGGCACCUCAAUCUGGAUUAUCACUCCCAAAUGGUGUCAGAUGCUGUCAAAAGGGUCAUCAAACAAGGGAAGGUACGGACGCGAGACCUUGGCGGUUACUGUACCACAGGAGACUUUGUGCGUGCUGUUUUGGAAAACCUGCGAUACCGAUCUAUUUAGAUGUGUUCUUCCAUUUACGUACACUUACCCAUGAUGUUUCUUUAAUGUGGACAUUGAUAUGUCACGAAAUGUUAUUUGGUGCUUGUCUCCUUGACCACAUGACGGUUGGCAAGAUUUACUCAUCCUAUUGAUGUGUUACGAGAACCUGACAAUGAUCAUGGAGCUGCUGCUUAACAAUGUAUACACUAACAGAGUGUCAUUUCAACAAUUAAAAGCUGGACCGCCACUGUACGUGAACGCUGAAUGUUCUGUGACUUAUCAAAUUAUUGAAAUCCGUUUAAGUUCACAGCAAGGCAUCCACCAAUGCGGUGUGACGUUUUUCUACGUGGUGAAACUGUUUGUUAAACCUCCUCAACUUUGAAUUAUUUUGCAGGUCUUACUUUGCUCUACUGGGAGGUAUUUUUUUUUGGGGUGGGGGGUGAGGGAGGGUUCAAUACUGUUUGAGAAUAUUCAUGUUCAUUACCGUAAUUCAUUAAAAAGUGUAACUAUACAAUUUGAUAAAGCAAAUAAAGACAACUACAGACGCACCCUUUUGAA